UAUAUAGAGAUAGAAGAGACCACUGCAUGUACUCACUCAUACAUAUAUACAUACACUCAGUAUAUCUAUAUAAUAUCGGACUACUGAGAACGUAUGUGGUUUUGGAUUAGAUCGAAGACGAGAAAAUCGAGAAGAGAUGGAGGAGAAGACAUGGGAAUCGGCGGCGGCGGCGACCGGAAGCGGUUUGGACUUGGCUAUCGUGAUCGCGACGGCCGUUAUGGUUGCCGCAGCCGGCGUUUGGUUGGUGGUUGCGCGGCGGAAGGAGACGAGAAAACCGGAUAACGAUGACGGAGAAAUUGACGGCAGAGUUCCGAGAGGAAGCUCCGGCUGGCCGCUGUUAGGCGAAACGCUCGAUUUCAUAGCUAGCGGCUACACCUCCCGCCCCGUCUCGUUCAUGGAGAAACGCAAGUCUCUGUAUGGGAAGGUGUUCAAGACACACUUGUUGGGGAAACCAAUCAUAGUAUCAACCGACCCGGAGGUGAACAAGGUUGUGUUACUGAACCACGGCAACAUAUUCGUGCCUUCCUAUCCGAAAUCAGUGACGGAACUGUUUGGCAAGAAUUCAAUUCUGCAGAUGAACGGAUCUCUGCACAAGAGAGUACACGCGCUCAUCGGAACCUUCUUGAAAUCGCCGCUGCACAAAGCCCGUCUCACCGCCCACAUUCAGAACUCUGUCCGCCGCUCGCUGUCGGCUUGGGCGGAUAAAAACAACGGCCUCGUUAUUUACCUCCAAGAUCAUGCCAAACAGAUUGCGUUCGAAGUUCUAGUCAAAGUGCUGUUGAGUGUUGAGCCAGGUCAAGAUUUGGAUUUCAUGAAGAGAGAAUUUGAAGAAUUCAUGAAGGGGUUGAUCUGUUUUCCUGUUAAAUUCCCUGGAACAACGUUGUAUAAGUCCCUUAAGGCAAAGGGGAAAUUGUUGAAAAUGGUUGGGAAGAUGGUGGAAGAGAGGAAGAAGGAGAUAGAGAAAAGAGACGAUCCAAUUGACGCAAUUGAUGUGUUGUUACGUGACACGGGAGAAUCGGACGGGACGAGGCAACGGCUACCGUUGGAUUUCAUCACCAGCAACCUCAUAGAGAUGAUGAUUCCCGGCGAGGAGACGCUUCCGACGGCGAUGACGUUAGUUGUCAAAUUCUUAAGUGACAACCCCGUGACGCUAGCCCAGUUAGUGGAGGAGAACAUGAAAUUACGUAUGCGAAAGUUGAAUUCCGGGGAAGAAUACAUUUGGACCGAUUACAUGUCACUCUCAUUCACCCAAAAUGUGAUUAGCGAGACCCUAAGGAUAGCAAAUAUUAUAAAUGCAGUGUGGAGGAAAGCACAGAAAGAUGUCAAAAUCAAAGGACAUUUGAUACCAAAAGGGUGGUGUGUCUUGGCAUCCUUGACGUCAGUGCACAUGGACGAGGAAAACUAUGAAAACCCGUACGAGUUUGAUCCUUGGAGAUGGGAGAAACCUGGAAUUAACAUAAACAGCAGCAAGUUUACACCAUUCGGUGGUGGGCAAAGGUUGUGUCCUGGUCUAGAACUCUCCAGGCUUGAAAUCGCAAUUUUCCUGCAUCACUUCGUUACAACCUAUAGGUGGGUGGCGGAGGAGGACGAAAUAGUGUAUUUCCCAACGGUGAAAAUGAGGCGGAAGCUGCCCAUCACCAUCACGCCCUUGGCCGUGGAGCAUCUUCUCUAGUUCAGACCAAACAAAUUUGUCCCAUUAUUUUUCCACCUUUUACAGACUACCUCAGUAUUUAUGUCGCCAUUUCUUCCUUCAAACACUCGCACUGCAACUCAUAUGCCAACUGGAAACGUUGUAAUUUUAUGGCGAUGAGGCCCAGGCCAGUCUGUAGAUUCAACCAGGGAAACGAUUGUAUGGUCUUGAAUAGUUUUGAGUAUAAAUGCUUUUUUUUUUUUUUUUUUUAAUUCAAUUGAUAAGUUAAAUUUUACUUGAA